AUGCCCUCCUCGAACAAAUCCGAGAGAACUGUCGGCAUCGAAACCGUCAAACUUGACACCCUCUCCGAAUCCUCCCUCCGGCAAUGUGUCGCCUCAGUCACCAAGCUCACGAGUGGCUCGCUCGAUGCGCUAAUCAACAAUGCCGGCGCGGGCUACUCGAUGCCCGGCUCGGAUAUGGAUAUCGGACGGGCUCGGGAGCUGUUCGAGUUGAAUGUCUGGUCACUUGUCGCCGUUACGCAGGCGCUUCUGCCGUUGCUACUUGCUUCGACCUGUGACCAGGGUGCGUUGCUAGUGAACCACGGGUCGCUCUCGGGUGUGGUUGCGGCGUCAGGGCCGUUCGCGGGGGCGUAUAACGCCUCCAAGGCGGCCGUUAUGAGCUUUACCGAGACGUGGCGGCUGGAGCUCGAGCCGUUUAAUAUUCGCGUGAUUGAUCUUGUUACUGGCGCGGUGCGCUCCAACUUCCACAUCACCGCCGAACCCCCCGAACUCCCGGUAAACUCGCUCUACAACGUCGCUAAGGAGGCCGUAGAGAAUGCAAUGGCGAGCGACGACGCUAACGAGAGUACCGACCCCGAGGAGUGGGCGAAGGGGGUCGUCAAGGAGCUGAGCAAGCGUAGCCCGCCCUACUGGAUCUGGGCGGGUAAGUUCGCGAACAUCGUCAGACUCGCGUCGCUACUCCCAUUAGGGAUCUUUGAUCGGUUUAUGAAACGGAUGUGUGCGUUGGAUGUUGUUGAGCGGAAUCUCAGUACCGGUAAAGGCAGGGGCCAGAGACCCCAAUCUAGCCUGAUGGCGGGAGUCGACGACCAGAAGAUUUGA